CCUUAUAGAGGAAAUAAUAAUGCUAUGAUACCACUGUUGAUCCCCCCCCAACAUGUCAAAAUAUAGAUUGAGUUUGUAUUAGAGAAACAUUUUUAUCUUGAAAAGGAAGUUGUAAUUUGGGCUGUUUUUUUUUUUUUUUAAUUUAAAUUAUUAUUAUUACUGAACUAAGCGGGUUUUAAGGUGUGAUUGGGCUGGAGCACUGUAUUUCCCAUCAUCCUGGCCGGAGAAGCAAAAGAUAAAAGACAGGCCAAGGUGGAACAUUUUUUUCUUGGUGCGCGUCUUGUUUUCCUCGAUUUCAGUCACUUAACUAAACCGAAGCCUUGACGACGUGUCCGGCAUUAGCCACAUUACGGACUUAAACAUCAUUCAUCAAGUCUCAGCACUCGUUGAAGUUUUGCGACCUACUUUAGCCUAGCCUAGACUAGCCUAGCUGGCCAACCACUAACAAAGCUGCAAAGCACGUCGUCAAGCGUUCAGGAAAUGUCCGGGAGAACGGCAGCGGCUGCAGUAAAGUUCCAGGAGGAAGAUGUCAGCCAAGCUCAUCUUCCUGUGCACCAGGAGUCUGCCUGUAUCAAGGAGGAGGAAGAGUCGCCAUGUAUCAAGGUGGAAGAGGAGGAGUUCAUACACCUUCAAGGUUUCCGAAAAUAUCUUGUUGCUGAGCGGCAGGACCCAGAAUCUCCUGGCGUUGAAGAGGAUGUCGAGCUCUUCCAAAUCAAAGAGGAGGAGCCAGAGCCCUGUCAACAGACGGAGAGAGAAGAGCAACUUCCAUUCAAGGAGGAGGAAGAUCUGCUAUACGUUAAUGAGGAGGAAGGUAUCACCUGGUCGAUUGUUGAGCCCUUGAAGAGGAAAGAUGGUCCGAGUGAGGCCAGCAGAGGGGCGGAGCCUUCAAGCGGCAGCAGCAGCUCUACAGAAGGAUUGCAAGCAGACCUUUUCUUCGCUGCAUCAGACACAAAUGGUGCCACGUCACACUCGCCUUACAAUGAUGAUGGUCAUAAGAAAUCUCACCCUGACGACAAACUCUGCAAAUGCUCUCAUUGUGGGAAAACCUUUGCUAAAAACUAUACUUUUCGUAUGCAUAUGAGGGGGCACACUGGCGAAAAACCUUUUGUCUGCUCAGUUUGUGGUAAAGAAUUCGCUCUAAAAGAAACCUUAAAAAGACACACAAGAACUCACACUGGCGAAAAACCUUUUUCCUGCUCAGUAUGUGGAAAAAGAUUCACUCAGAAGAGUGCCUUAAACACACACACAAGAACCCACACUGGUGAAAAACCUUUUAUCUGCUCAGUUUGUGGUCAAGGGUUCACUCAAAAGCCAACCUUAAAAACACACGAACGAAACCACACCGGAGAAAAACUUUUUUCCUGCUCAAUUUGUGGUCAAAGAUUCAGUCGCCAGAGCAACUUAAAUAUACACACAAGAACCCACACUGGCGAAAAACCCUUUCCCUGCUCAGUUUGUGGUCAAGGAUUCAGUUGCAAGAGCUCCUUAAAAAUACACGAAAGAACCCAUACUGGUGAAAAACCUUUUUUCUGCUCAGUUUGUGGUCAAGGAUUCAGUUGCAAGAACUUCUUAAAAUUACAUAGAAGAACCCAUACUGGUGAAAAACCUUUUUCCUGCUCACUUUGUGGUAAAAGAUUCACUCAGAAGAGCGCCUUAAACACACACACAAGAACCCACACAGGCGAAAAACCUUUUUCCUGCCCAGUUUGUGGUCAAGGAUUCACUCGGAAGGAUUUCAUUAAGAGACACGUGUGUGUUGGUAUGAGAAGCAGUGGCCAAUGACUGAUUUACCUCUCAUCCAUGCUAGCUUCAUCAGAUUUUGCCCACAGGAAGAUUGUAUUUUGUUGAGCAGUGUUGUUUUUGGCAAUUUUGGUCUUAGUCUUUCGGACGAAAAUACUGGUUAGCCCUAGUCAUAUUUUAGUCAUUUCACUAUGUUUUCGUUUUCGUCUAGUUGUAGUCGAGGAAAUCUCAUAAAAAAAUUCAUUUAGUUUUAGUCGACAGCUACUCAAAAUGUUUUCAUCUGAAAAUUUUUCAACUUUUGAUCCAGAAUUAAAGUGCAUAUGACAGCAAAAAGCUUUUUUAUUUCAUAUUUCAUGUGGUAUUUUAUGCUCCUGAACAAAACGUACCGCUUGGAUGUGUGUGGAAGCCAUCGAAAUAUUUAUUCGCCAUGAAAAUGAAUGAAUUCCGGCCAGAGGCUGGAUUGAAGAAGAAGCCGAAUGUGACAUCAGCGGACUAAUCAUUUUAUAAUUAUAUGUAGAGCUGCAGCUAUUGAAUAUUUUAGUAAUCGACUGAAAAUUCUAUCGAUUAAUCGAGUAAUCGGAUAAAACUUUUUUUUUUUUUUUUUUAGGUAAAGACCAAUUAUAAAUAUAUAUGAGAAAACAAGACAUUUUAACUUAUUUUGAACCAUUUUUAUACAAUGUCUUUAUUUUAGAUGUACAUUAACAGCCAAAAAUUGCAACUCAGAUGACACUAGAAAGAAAAAAAAAAGAUAAAUAUAAAAUUACAUGAGAUUCAACUUCGUGUAUUUCUGUAAGUACCAAAACAUUUGGCCUGAAUAAAAAGGGAAAAAUAAAAAUACUUUGGUUACGGGUAAUAGAAUUUACAGGCUUAACAGUCUUCUACUUUACAAUUCCAAAAACAUUUGAACCUAGAACAAGUCAGUGCAAGCAGUCUCUCAUGGCAUGUGUGUACAAACCUCUAGAGGAUCUCUUUAUUGCAGUGCAGGAAUGUAAGCAUAUCAACAUGCUCAGGGCUGAGGCUUGUCCUCUUCUUUGAUACAAUUUUACCUGCAGCCGAAAACAGACGCUCUGAUGGUGUUGAUGUAGCUGGAAUAGAAAGCAGGGACCUUGCCAGCUCUGCCCCUGUUGGAUAGCGUGCUGCAUUCUUCUCCCAUUAAGUCAGUGGAUUCUCCUUCUUGGAAAGGGGAUGUUCUCCAAAAUACAUGAGGACCUGUGUGUGACAACAAUAAUAUUUAACAUAUGUUAUUUAUACAAUAUUUUGCACUAGUUCCAGGGCGGUUUCAUUACAGUCAUUAUCUGUAUCAAAUUUUCUAUUGU